GUGCCGGGGCGGGGCGUGCGCGUCAGCUGGGGCUAGAAAAGGCGGCGGCCGGGUCCGGCGAGGUGACAGCCCAAUUUGGACGCCUUGCUGGGCCGACGCCGCCAUGAGCGCCGCGCUUUUCAGCCUGGACAGCCCCGCGCGCGGCGCACCCUGGCCCACCGCGCCCGCGGCCUUCUACGAGGCAGGCAGAGCGGGCAAGCCGGGCCGCGGGCCCGAGCCGGGGGACCUGGGGGAGCCGGGCUCCACGGCCCCUGCCAUGUACGACGACGAGAGCGCCAUCGACUUCAGCGCCUACAUUGACUCCAUGGCCGCCGUGCCCACCCUGGAGCUGUGCCACGACGAGCUCUUCGCCGACCUCUUCAACAGCAACCACAAGGCGGCCGGCACGGGCGGCCUGGAGCUGCUGCCCGGCGGCCCCACGCGACCCCCAGGCUCCGGUUCGGUCGUCCGGGGCCCGCUCAAGCGCGAACCCGACUGGGGCGACAGCGACGCGCCGGGCUCCCUGCUGCCCGCGCAAGUGGCCGUGUGCGCGCAGACCGUGGUGAGCCUGGCGGCCGCGGCGCAGCCCACGCCGCCCACGUCGCCCGAGCCCCCUCGAGGCAGCCCAGGGCCGAGCCUGGCGCCCGGUCCCGUCCGAGAGAAGGGCGCGGGCAAGAGGGGUCCGGACCGCGGCAGCCCCGAGUACCGGCAGCGGCGCGAGCGCAACAACAUCGCUGUGCGCAAGAGCCGCGACAAGGCCAAGCGGCGCAACCAGGAGAUGCAGCAGAAGCUGGUGGAGCUGUCGGCCGAGAACGAGAAGCUGCACCAGCGCGUGGAGCAGCUCACGCGGGACCUGGCCGGCCUCCGGCAGUUCUUCAAACAGCUGCCCAGCCCGCCUUUCCUGCCGCCCGCCGGCGCCGACUGCCGGUAACGCGCGGCGUGGGCCUCAGAGACUCCAAACGACCGAUACCUCAGACCCCGACGGCCGGCCCGGAGCAGACGCCGCCAGAGCCGCUGCAGUUUCUCUGGGAUGUGCGAGCGACCGGAAGCUGCAGCUUGGACAC